UUACCUUGUUAUAAAAACAAAAACCAAAGACUAAGGAUAUGAAUAAAUAGCAUUGAUUGCAUCUUUUGAGGUAAAUGUAAUAUUUGCAGGAGAAUUCAUAUACAUAUUUUAUAUUUGCAUCGUGUUUCUUUUUGUAAAUGGCUGACGAAUUGUUAAAAGCUGGUUUAUAUAUCGACGAUAUAUAUUUACUAAGAAUCGUCGAUCCGAAAAUUGCAAUUGAAAGAAAUGAACUUAGAGAUAAAUGCAACGAAUAUGUUGAAAAACUGCAGAGUUUUAAGAUUCUAGCCACGGAUUUUGUGAAAACAGCCUCAAAUUAUUCAUUGGAUGUUGAAAAAGAAAAAAUCCGGGCAAUUAGCGCUCAAAAUUUGUUAAAAACAAUUUUCAAGCAACGACAAAUUCAACAACAAAGUUUUCAAUCGAAAAUACAAGAGCGUACGUUAGAUCUUGAUCGCCUGAAAGUUGAAUACCAAUAUUUACAACGCAUUGAGUCGGAACAGCUGGAAAUAAUAAACAACUAUUUGCAAACACAAUAAAAUUUGACUAAAUCCGUAAUAUAUAAAGAAAUAAGAUAUUUAUUCAUGUAUUAUACGUGUAAAUUGCAAAAGUACAUACUAGCAUUCAUUGAUUUUUUUAUUUUAAAGAUAAAAUUAAAGAAUACUCAUUUUUAUAUAAAAAAUUUAACAAUUAAAUUGGCAUUUUAGAUACACAAUUCUCGUAAAGUUAAAAAAAACAAACAACUUCUUCACCAAAAAAUAAGUUUUUUAAGAAAAUAUAGGACUUAGGUGUAUUGGCAUAAAUGUUUUUGUGCGCAAAAUUAAAAACUUUGGACAAAUCGAUAAAAGGUGAUAUCAAUACUACAAUAAUUAUGUACAUAAAUAAAUAAUUGGCUUCGAAUUUCCGACUUUAUUACGAAGUUAUAAUUAUCGUUAUUGAUAUACGUGUGACAAUUAAAUUUUUAUUUGUCGAGAAAAUAUAGUUUUUGGAAAGGACGUUGAUGUUUGGGAAAUAUGUUGAGUUUUGAGGUGAACAAUUUUGAGAAACACUUAAAUUUUUCAUUUACUUUUCUGCAGUAUUCAAUUCUCGUUUUUAAUUAGAAUUCUUUUAAAUUGUAUAAAAAUUAAAUCAUAUAUACCUAUAUAACUAAUAAAAAACAAGUUGUUAAUAUACUUUGCAUAUUGAGAAAUAGUGUAAUUUUUUACGUUUAAAACAAAGUUACAAUUCAUACCCUAUAAUUUAUAUUAUAUGGUACAUACUAGUACAUUUAAAAUGACUUUUAUGAAGAAGAUCGUUGUUUGAAACUUUUUAAUUUUUUUUUGUAUAAGCAAUUUUUAAAAAUCUAAUUUUAACCACAGAAAUUUUUCCAGUAUGCUUUUUUAUACCUGAUUCCUGUACCAACUUAAACCUUUUUUUAUUUUAAAUUGAACUUAUUAUUAAUACAUGCCAUGCCAUAAGAGAAUUUGUGUGAUUUUUUAUGUUGAAAUCAAAUAAAAUUGCAAUACAUAUUUUAUAAUUUGUAUUAUAUUUAGGAUGUUUAUUUUAAAAUUAUGUAUGUUUUCGUUCGUUUUGCUUUAGCAGUUAUUAAUUAAGGAUAAACUAUGAUUUGAAGUUUGAUUAAGAAAAAAUAAUAAAACAAAAAUGAAAAGAAACUUAUAGAAUAUAAUUUAUGUGAUCUUAUGGAGAAAAAUUAAAAUACAACGAAAAUAUUAUAUACAUAUGUACGUACCUACAUGUUUGUAUCUACAUGCAUAUAUCUACGUUUUACAAAAACGACAUAUAUAUAUAU